UGAACUUUGAAUCCCAGACUGCUGCUGCUGCUGCUGCUGGAGGAGCGUGUUGAAGGCAGAGGUGCGUCGGGUUCAGAUCAUCUGCCCACACUUUUCAGUAAAGUCUUCCGGUCAACUUUCACCUCAGCUGCUCACCGCUCAGGUGAAAUUUAUCUGCAAAGGAUUUCUUGGUAGUGUAGGAACUAUCCAUGCAGACUUCAGCCGGUGAUCUGACGAGUCACAUAUAGGAGCAACCGGAGCCUCUCCUUUUCCCUCUCCCCAUCCCUUCCCUUACCCCUCCCUCCCCCUUUCCCCGUUUCCUCAUCACUUUUCUUCCUGAUUCCCCUCUUACCCACCUCUGCUCCAAGAUUCACCAUGCUCAUUAAGGAGUAUCGCAUCCCCAUGCCCCUGAGUGUGGAGGAGUACCGCAUUGCCCAGCUCUACAUGAUUCAGAAAAAGAGCAGAGAAGAGAGCUGCGGUGAAGGAAGUGGGGUGGAGAUCCUUGAGAAUAAGCCUUACACAGAUGGACCAGGUGGGGCGGGUCAGUACACCCAUAAGGUCUACCACAUAGGCAUGCACAUUCCUGGCUGGUUCCGCUCCAUCCUGCCCAAAGCUGCUCUGAGGGUUGAAGAGGAGUCGUGGAAUGCCUACCCUUACACCCGAACAAGAUACACCUGUCCGUUUGUUGAGAAGUUCUCCAUCGACAUCGAGACUUACUAUAAGCCUGACACAGGCAACCAACCAAAUGUCUUUAACUUAUCCGCAGCAGACAAGAGGCAAACAACUAUUGACGUAAUCGACAUAGUGACAGAGCCCAUCCCUCCACAUGAGUACAUUUCAGAGGAGGACCCGAAACUUUACACGUCAGCCAAGACCCAGAGGGGGCCCCUGCAGGAAGACUGGAUAGUGGAGUACAACAACAACCCAGGGAAGACUCCCAUCAUGUGUGCCUAUAAACUUUGCAAAGUGGAGUUUCGCUACUGGGGCAUGCAGUCCAAGAUUGAACGCUUCAUUCAUGAUGUUGGGCUCAGAAAGGUUAUGGUACAUGCCCACCGGCAGGCCUGGUGCUGGCAGGAUGAGUGGUAUGGCCUGACCAUGGACGACAUCAGGCAGCUGGAGCUGGAAACCCAACUGGCCCUGGCCAGGAAGAUGGCCAAGUUUCUCCAUGGCGAGGAGCUUAGCGAAUCCUACGGAACCACAUCGUCUCCAGACAAAGAGCAGGAGGCCAAAGAGGCAAUCAGCUCUAUCGAGGCAGAGGAAACGGCCACCAGAUCAGUAGAGACUCUGCAGCCGCGAGGCGUCCUCACCAAGCAGUGGUCCACCUCAUCCAGAUCCUCCCGCUCAUCCAAGAGAGGAGUGAGUCCGUCACGUCACAGCAUCUCAGAGUGGAGGAUGCAGAGCAUAGCGCGCGAUUCAGACGACAGCUCGGACGAGGAAUUCUUUGAUGCCCAUGAGGAUCUCUCGGAUGGUGAGGAGGUUUUUCCAAAAGAAAUUGCCAAGUGGAACUCCAACGACUUCAUGGACAAGAUUGAAACUGUGGACACGGAGGAAAAUCCUGAGAACUUUAAGGAAAUGAGCGUCGAUUAUGACAGAGCAUCGAGCGAGGACAGACUGGAUGAGAUGCGUGACUCUCUUAGCGGCCAAGCCGAUAGCUCUCCUAUCCCCACCAUCACGGUAACGAGGCACCAGUCAGAGAGCUCGCCUCAGCAGAGUCUGCAGCCUUCCAAAAUCCACGUCUUGAUUCUGGUUCUGCACGGAGGGAACAUCCUGGACACGGGCGGAGGAGACCAGAACAGCAAGCAGGCCGACGUCAACACCAUCAGCACGGCGUUUGACACAGUCAUGCGUGUUCACUACCCCGCCGCGCUCGGACGCAUCGCCAUCCGCUUGGUGCCCUGCCCCGCCAUCUGUGCCGAGGCCUUCUCUCUGGUCUCUCACCUGAGCCCUUACAGCUACGAUGAGGGAUAUCUGUCCAGCAGCCAGGACCACAUCCCGCUCGCAGCUCUGCCUCUGCUGGCCACCUCGUCUCCACAGUACCAGGACGCCGUGGCCACUGUCAUUGUUCGCGCCAACCAGGUGUAUUCUGACUUUAUGAAGUCUCAGGAUGGAGCAACCUUCUCUGGCCAGGUUUGCCUCAUUGGGGACUGUGUGGGAGGAAUACUGGGGUUUGAUGCUCUGUGUAACAGCACCCCCACGGUAAAUGAGAGCCAGAACAGCAGCCGCAGAGGCAGCGUCAUCAGCGUGCAGGACCAGGACCUUCUCUCUCCCGGCAUCAUCGUCAACAGCGGACAUGGGUCAUCGUCCCCAACACUGGAGAGCAGCCGCCACCUGAGUCGCAGUAACAUCGAUAUUCCUCGUGUCAGUUCAGGCGAUGACACCAAGAGGCAACUGCCGCGUAAGAGAAGCGACUCGUCCACCUAUGAACUGGACACAAUUAAACAACACCAAGCUUUUCUGUCCAGCUUGCACUCCAGCGUCCUUAAGAGCGACGCAGUGUCCCGCAGGUCGAGCAGCAGCACCAUGCUGGACGGAUGCUCCCUGGGGAAGUUUGACUUUGAGGUGUCAGACUUUUUCCUGUUUGGUUCUCCGCUGGGCUUGGUGCUGGCCCUGAGGAAGACUGUGAUCCCUAUGCUGGAUGUGGCCCAGCUGAGGCCGGCCUGUCAGCAGGUCUAUAACUUGUUCCACCCAGCUGAUCCCUCUGCCUCCCGCCUGGAGCCUCUGCUGGAGCGGAAAUUUCACCUCCUCCCUCCUUUUAGCGUUCCCCGUUACCAACGCUUCCCCCUUGGAGACGGAAACUCGGCCUUGCUGGUGGAGACAGUCCAGAGCAACGCUCAGCUGCUACUCGAUAGCGGGCCCCCCCUGUCCUUUCGCUGUCAGGAGACCAUCAGUGAGACCUGCAUUCCUGUUCCUGUGCUAAACUGGCAGGAGAACUCCCUGAAAGCCACACCCGCCACCUUGGAGUCGGAUGUUGUUCAGUCUCAUGGUGGUGUCUUCAUGGACAGUUCGUACCCCUCAUCCCCCAUAAUGGGCCCCUUCUCCAGGGGCCAGCGGAGGGCCAGUGAGAUCAGCAUUGCCAGCCAGGUCUCAGGAAUGGCAGACAGUUUCACUGCCACCAACAUAGCCAACACUAAAUCAGAGCAGAUUAGCCAAUCCAAUAAGCUCAGUCUGUUCUCCCAACUUGCCCUAACAUCCCAAAACUUAUUCUCCAUAAAAAAUCCUCUGAAGUCCUAUAAAAAGGCCGAUGGUGACCUGACUGAUGAAGACUUGAGUUUUCACACGGAUGUUGAGUCAGACUCAGGCGAAAGUCUAAGUUCCAUCUACCAGUACGACAGCAUCCAAUCAGACAGGCUGGACUGUGCUAUAGGUGACCUGGUGUCCCUGGACUCCCAAGCUGAAGUUGAUGAAGUUGCAGCACGCUGGUGGGGCACAAAGCGCCUGGACUUUGCUCUGUACUGCCCCGAUGCUCUGACUGCCUUUCCCACAGUGGCUUUGCCGCACCUCUUCCACGCAUCUUACUGGGAAUCCACAGAUGUUGUAUCUUUCCUCCUGAGGCAGGUCAUGAGGCAUGAAAACUCCAGCAUUCUGGAGCUGGAUGGGAAGGAAGUGUCGGAGUUUACCCCCUCUAAGCCUCGGGAGAAGUGGCUCCGGAAAAGGACUCACGUCAAAAUCCGGAACGUGACUGCCAACCACCGAGUGAACGACGCCGUGUUCCCUGAAGACAGCCAGCAGGUCAUCGCAGGUCGUUUCAUGUACGGCCCUCUGGACAUGGUGACUCUAGCUGGGGAGAAGGUCGACCUUCACAUCAUGACCCAGCCUCCGUCAGGAGAGUGGGUGUACUUCAGCACACAAGUGACUCAAAGCAGUGGCCGCGUGUCGUUUAACGUCCCAGAGGAGAAGCGACUGGGCAUCGGAGUCUUCCCUGUAAAAAUGGUUGUCAGAGGCGACCACACGUUUGCAGACAGCUACCUGACUGUUGUUCCACGUGGCACAGAGUUCGUGGUGUUCAGCAUCGACGGGUCGUUCGCCGCCAGCGUCUCAAUCAUGGGUAGCGAUCCCAAGGUCAGGGCAGGAGCAGUGGACGUCGUCAGACACUGGCAGGAUUUAGGUUAUCUGAUCAUCUACGUGACGGGGCGUCCAGACAUGCAGAAGCAGCGGGUGGUGGCCUGGCUGUCUCAGCACAACUUCCCCCAUGGCAUCGUCUCCUUCUGCGACGGAUUAGUCCACGACCCGCUCAGGCACAAGGCCAACUUCCUCAAAACACUGACAGAGUCUAACAUGAAGAUCUUUGCUGGAUAUGGAUCAACCAAAGACAUCUCUGUCUACACCUCCAUCGGCAUCCCUCCUUCUCAGAUCUACAUCGUCGGCAGACCCUCGAAGAAGAUGCAGAACCAGUGCCAGUUCAUCACAGAGGGCUACGCAGCCCACCUGUCCCAGCUGGAGUACAACCACCGCUCUCGGCCCGCCAAGUCCAGCAGCGCGCGCAUGGUCCUGCGUAAGGGAAGCUUCGGCCUGGGCGCCAACAGCGACUUCCUGAGGAAAAGGAACCACCUGCUGCGCACCAUCUCCUCCCAGCCGGCCCCCAGCUCCCCGACGGGCAACUUCCACAACCGGCCCGAGCGCACGCAGAGCCAGUCGGACAGCGAGCGGCUGGAGCGGGAGCGGCUGGAGCGGACCCACAGCCACGGCCCGGCGGCCACGCAGCGCAGCAUGAGCAUCACGGCGAGCUGCUGGGGCCGCAGCGGCAGCACCAAGCUGGAGCCGUUCCCGUUCAACCCCAAAUGAGAGUACAGGCGCUGGGAGGACGAGCGCAGAGACAGAAACGCUGCGGGUUUGAACCAAGUGGGUGAAACGCCACCGAGGGGGCAUCUGGUGAUGCUGACCACUGAAAUGAUUUUAGUGGAGACUGUGGGAGUUUUGUUGUUAUUGUUUUAAAGCAGGCAAAUCCUCCUGAAGCGACAUGUUACACAAACAUAAAUUAAUUUAAAUGGUUUCUUCAGUUGAGUGAAUAUUUUUUGGUCAUGAAUAUAAGCACUCCUUCUGUAGGCUGUUAUACUUGACUACACACAAUGAAGCACCUCCACGCCAUAAGGGAGUUACUCUGAUUCUGCUCUGUAGCUGACAGACGCGGCCAAAGCAAGCACAGAAACGGCGAGAGACUCACUUUCUGUGCUGCACAUUUUAAGCAUCAGCCCUUUUAUUCUGAUUAACACUGGACUGAGCGCUUUCAUAAAGAAGUGUUACUUAUUUACCAAGAAUUAAUGAAAAUGAAUCUUAGCCAAACAGAAAUUAUUUAAGCAAACGCCUGGAACAGCCCAGACUAAAACGUUGUACACUCCAGUUUUCCUCACACCACAACUCAAAGAAUCCUGCAGAGCAAACUCUGAACUGACCCUUUAAAUAUGAUUAACCCUGGAUUUCUACUGCACCUGAUGUUUGACCUCUACUGUACAGCAAAGGUGCCAAAAUAAGCAGCGUAGAACAAUAUGCUGUAUCUGAGCAGAGAGGAUCACAUAAAGGUCUUCUGUGUAUAGAAACAUGGAAUAAAUUAUGUAAGUAUGUUGUUAAGCGCCUGAAUGAGGCCUGUACAUAGUUGUUACAUCACAGUGCAGAUCUGGUAUCUGGUCCACUGAAGACCAGUUUAAAGUGUCUUCUUUCCAAUGAGGGUGACAUGAUUGAUAAUCAGUGCUAUUUACUAAUAUAGCCAUGUUAAAAUACAUUGAUUUUUUUUUUUUUUGUGAACAAAAAGGUGUUUUGAGGUGAAGUUUUUGCUAUGUAUUUUAGUUCUUCAAAAUUGAGUUUCAGCAGCACAGUAUUGUAUUUUUAUUAUUUCACCUUGCAGAUCGCCAGGGUUGGAUCAGAACUGAUAUCUUGUGUCAUACAUGGGAUGUUUGAUAUUAGCCAUGUUUGGCCAUUUUGGAUUUCUGCUGUUUUUCUCCCUCCCUGGUUUUUACUGAGCUGUAAAUGAAGCAUUGAAUGUGCUCUUAAAUGUCCCUCCCUGCGUUGCCGACUCCCUCUCUGUUCUCUGAUGCACCGUUAGAGGAAGACAGAGCUCCAGAUGUAAAUUCUGUACGAUACGUUGUGGAAACUAGAAAUGCGGAGCCGAGACCUGCUCUAUGAUGUUUGAUAUUUAUUUCUAAAGUUUAGUACAUUUUCAUGCCUUUUUUUUAUUUGAAAUAUAAUUACUUGUCCUUCUUGAUUUAUCUCCACACUUAUUGGCGCCUUUGGAAAAGACGUGUAAGGAGGAAACCAAACUUAUAACAAUAAACUUGUUUCUUGCAGAAGUAAAAUUUGACACUUGAAAAAUGAGAAAAUUCCAACCUGUACUUUUAGUGCAUUUAUUCAGUGUUUUAUCAGGGCUGGGGAAGAUCUCAUGUUAAGUAAUGUUUAUUUAAAAACAAAACGUCAGAUUCUUUUCACUCCAAAUUCAAUUUCCAAUUUUGAAUCUUUUUUUUUCUCACUUUUUCAUUUACAAAUGACAAGAAGUAUUUUCAAAACUGCCGUUUAUUUCAACCAUCUGUUCUGUGAGUUAACCUGAAUUAAAAAGUCCCAAUAAUUAGGAGCUGUAAAACACGCCAGUCAAACCAGAUGGUAGCUUUCUUUGGGCUGACAUCAUUCCAGCUAUCAAAACCCAAGGAGUUUAUUGGUGGGGGGGGAAGAAAAAUCCAGAUUUUCCUCAAAUUAAAUUGUCAAAAUCCAAAAAUUCUACUAAUCAAUAAAAUUGAUUUAUUGCCCCUUCAACUAUUUGCACCUAUAACAAUUCCUAAUGAAAUUGGUAAUGGUAGUUUGUGAGAUGAUCAGGGUUGUUGGAGAUCUCACACUGAGGCCUAAUUCCUUUAUCUGCUUUACAGAAUGGGAAAAACAAGAGAACAUCCCAUUCAUCAAAGAAUCUGAAUAUUGCCCACAUCUCUGCCAGGAAAACCCUCAUCCAAACUCUUAGUAUGCAGUGAUCUGCUAAAACGUUAUGAGCGGUUCUGUUCUGUUUGUUAAAAUACAACUUCCUUUUGCUUCGCUUGCUGAAUACCAAUGAGUGUAUAAACAUCAAUAUUUCUCAAGAUAGGAUUUUUUUUUCCAUCAUCGAUGAAUGAACGUGUUCAAAUGAAAGGUUAGAUUGGGGUGAUAAUAUUAAAGCGUUACGCCUCUCUACCAGGGGCUGCAAUAAGUGUGGGGCUCAGUGUAACAGGCAGGUUCAGAGCAGAGUGCAGUGGACCAAUGUUGACUCAAAUGUAAGGGAAAGUUUGCAAUACUGCUCUAAAGCACCACUGGAUCAAACAGACAUCACAGUGCACUGACAAUCAGUCAACCCCCCCUGACCUCCACCCGGCACAUAUUUUACAGACGUCAACCUGCAGACGGUUUCCCACACCAGGUGAACACGCUGCCAGAAAUGCACAGGUUGCACAUUUUACAGUGUGGAGACUUCUCACAAUAAAGUGGCUCUGGCCUGAUAAACGUGUCAAAUGUUACGGUGGGAUUCUUUCUAGGGAUACAGUUGGGUGGUUUUUGUUGUGAUUUUGGUCAUUCAAGCACAGAGGCAUCUAUUUUUGCAGUCAGCACAGCAGAGUGCGGUGUAGUUUAAUGAAACGUCUGUGAUUCGAUCCAGGUUCAUCUAGAUUGAAAUUAUACUGAAAAGUGAAACGAUUGCCCAGUUUAAUCCUCUUAUUUGGAUCUUUUUGUGACAAAUAAUCCAACACAGCCGACAAGCUUCCCUAGAGAUGAGUAAGAUCAGCCGUGUUGUUUUCUCUGAUGAAAUGCCAUUAUGAAGACAAUGUACCGGGGAAGUGCUGCAGAGAUCAGGGAUGUUUUUAUACCUGUGGGCAGACUGACUACCUGAACCCUGCUUGCCCCCCCUUGUUUUUUUUUUUCUUUUUUGAUGGUUCUGAUGGUUUUAGCCCCAGAAAGGAGGGUGUUCAUGCUGAAACCUAUGAAGACGUUAUUUUUCCAAAGCAUGUGGAUGAUAAUUCAGGGUGUCCAGCUGUGUGAGUGUCCUGCAUCUCUUAGAAGUGCCCCUGGUUCAACACAGUUGAUCUGAGAUGAAUGACAUGUUUGUUAGCUUCAUAGACGGCUGCCUCAGGCACAGGAUAAAAUGCUGUUCUGUAGUUUACUCUGGUACUUGAGCCACUUUUUCUUAUUCCGCCAUGGGCAACUGUUCAUUAAAAAUCAUCUCUGGUUGAAUCAGCGGAACAUGUAAAUCAUGCAGGACACCAAUCCUUAAAGAUGAACCACUUAAAACUACCUAAUGUGACAUAUUUAUUCAUUUUUAGAAAAUCUGUCUUUACCUUUGACCUGGCUCAGUCCAACAGUUAAACUGUAUAUUUUAUUUAUAAACUGGCAAAUGUAAGAAUUGUACAGGUCACAUAUCUUGUAGGAUUCUAUUUGAUGCUAUUCAUUCCCUUGUGAUUUUAUGAAGAGUGUAUAAAGAACAUAUAAAGCACUGACAAAUGGUGGCCUUUUUUUCUAUUUAAAAUAUCAGACAGAAAUGUGUCAAAUGAAGCGCGCUCGGUGCAGACUAAUUUCUUCUUCUAACUUGUGUCUUUUGCAACAAACUAGUUUUAUCUCUUGAUUGAAUUGGAGCAACUUGUAAUGUGGAAAAACUCUGGAACUGUUUUGAGCUGUAAGCUGUGAAAGAGCAAUCCUUUUUGACCAGUGGUUAUUUUAUUCCUUCGAUGUUAUUAUUUCAUCCAUUCUGGGCUGUUGUAACUCAUUUUCAUCCAUUCCAGGUAUUGUGCUGAACCACAGAAAAUAUUUCUGUUUUAGGGAGUUUCAAUAAAGGUCACCUCCUCAGAGCCCGA